GUCAUCAACAGUCCCAUCGACUUCUGCACAUUUUACCGUUUUCCUGUAUGACUGGUGGCAGUCACAGCACCGAAGAUGUUUACUGAUGCAUCUGGAUCACAUACAUACUUUGCCUCACUCCUUCCACCAUCUAUCAAUUUCUGUCUUUUAUUCCCUCUCUCUCUCUCUCUCUCUCUCUCUCUCUCUCUUUCUCUCUGCCUUUGGCCCCUCAGGUGUCUGAUGCGUCCUUCUCCAUCAUGCUGCCGUACCUGGAGAAUAUAGCCGUUUAUUCUGAUAACGGUCAGGAAUCAACAGUGUCUCAGGUUCCUAAAAGAGCUCCAGGUAGCAUCGGCUACUGCAGACGGGUAAUGCCAAAGAAAACAAAUUCUGUGGAACCAAGGGCUGAAUGUGGCUCGACAAGGAGGACCACAAAUAUUGAUGCAGAUCAGGAUCAUGUGAACUUGUCCCCCAUGGUACGCCACCUCGUGGAAAACAUGACGGAAGAGCAUUGGAGAAUUGUCUGUGAGGCUCUACAUGUGCCUGGGACCAAAGAAGACGUUAGCCAGCUUUGUGCCUGCAUAGUUGCGAAAGUGGUCCGGACGACUCAUUAUUACCUGAUCCCAGCCCUUAGAAAAGUUCUGGGUGUUCCUGUCACAUACGUGAUUCCAUGUGGAACAGCAAGGGUAAGCACGUCGGAUGCCAAGAAGGCUAGAGAGUUGUCCAUUCCUCUGCUGGAUCAGCUGACCGGUACUGAAUUUAGAAAAAGGGCAACCGAGCAAGUGAGUGAGGUUUUGCUCAACACUCUUGACAGUGAUUCCUGCCCUGAAUCUCCAGCUGAGGUAUUUGCCGAAGAUGACCAUGAGUCAAACACCAAAGCAGAGAGCCAGACAGACUGUGAGCUUCCUGCCUUCUAUCCACCUGGCACUCACUCACAGUCUGUUGCUGAUGAUCUUGUCGGUGAUGUUAUCGACUCCAUGAACGAGGACUCAGGCCAAAACGUUCACUCAGCAGCGUAUGACGUUGUUGGAUAUGUCGUUGCGGGGAUGAAAGAUCUUGUGGAGACAACACGAGUCAUGGGAGGUUUCUCUAUGAGAAGGAUCUACGCAACAUCACAAACAAUGUUCAGUGCCAUUCAGAAUGCUGUGAGGAAAUUGUUUUCCAGAUCUGUUUACUCUAACAGUAAAGAGGAGACAACAAUGGCUUCUGCCAGACAUGUCAUUAGCCAAGUGAUUUUGUCCAUGCAGUGUGAACUUUCUGAUCUUAAGAGUGCAGAAGAUUUAGAGCAAAUAGCACUGAUUCAGAAGAUCCUCAGUGCUUUGUUGAGUGAAGUCAGAAUGAUUGGCAUGGAAACAAAAAAGGACAGGUCCCAAAGCCCUCAACUGCCAUCGCCUCACUUCUUAAGAUCAGCUGACGCAGAAAUUGAAGACCCAACCAAACUUCAUGGCACUCCUGUUCCCCCUGAAGUGAUUGUCAACAUGGAAGGCUCUUCGUUGUCUCCUGCAUGUGCCAACGAAGCCAUCGCCCAAGUGGUGGACACCGUCUUAGAAGGUGAAAGACUUGUUCCCGUCCCCAUCAGACUGGAGAAACUGAUCUCUGAAUCAAAAAUGAGGGCAUUCUCCCAUGAUAUUGCAGAUCAAGUCCAAAAGAUCAUAAAAAGUUCUCAUGGCCUCCAGACUAUUUCUGUGAAAGUGGGGAAGAGCCUUUCAGACUCCAUUCUCUGCAAGUUACCAUCCAGAGCUGAGAGACAGAAUGAAGCUCCAUCUGGAUUUAUUUACGGUUAUGUAGAAGAGGCUGUGAAGCGACUAGUGUCAUCAUGUUUGUUCCCCUCAGCAUCUUCUGAGGACCAAGAAUGUUCCCAGCAGAACCUAGAGACCUCAACAUCAUCCUGUAUCCUCAACAUGUUUACAGAAGUGAUGGUCAAAGAGGUCAUGGUGACUCUCUCCACAGAGUUUGAGGGAAACGCUGCAUCUGUCAACAGUGACGACUUCAAGAAACUAGUCAGGGAGGAUCAGAAACUCUUAGACAAACAGCCGCAAGACACUGAAAUGACGUCAUCCACCACUAACUCAAAAGUUGCGCUCCCUCAUAUUUUUGAUUUGCCACAAAAUAGUGAGUGUGAAGCAGUCAUCUUUUCCUCACACCUCCCUCUUUCAGAGUCUAACAAGAAUGACUAUGCCUCCCUAGUCUCCAUGUUGGUCAUUCGACUUCUGAAGAAAGUUGAUAGCUCACGCCCGUUCAUUGGCACCCGUCAGGACGGAGUUCCGGAUAAAGUUCUGGAUAUCUCCAGAGAAUUGAUCCAGAAGAUUCUGUGUGAGCUUGAAACAUGUUUUGGUAUCACAAGUGAUGAAAGUCAUCCGCAGCAAGUGAAUUUUCACCUGAUGUACCAAAAUGUUUACAAGGAUCUUACUAGAGAGUUUGGCUCUGAAGAUGUGCUGUGUUCUGCCCUGGAAUCACAAGAUCAAUCUUUUGAGUCCUUCCUGGUGGAGAAAUUGACAGGAGAGAUAAUAAAGACUUGUAGCCAAACCAACUUAGCAGCUUCUGCAGCCCUCCCAUCAAUUCAAGCUGUAACUGGACUACAGAAAAAUAAUAAGGAAAAGACCAAAAAGAAAAUGACUCCAUCCUGGCUGAAGAUGCCAACAUUCAAUUGGAAGAAAUCAAAGAAUGGAGCACACAGUCUCCUUGACAGUGAGGACUCUCUUGUUCCAAGCACAAGUUCCUCUCAGGUUCAGGCCAUGAAGACCGAGCUGAGGCAGACUCUGGCUGAGGUCACCAAGGCUCCUGCGUGUGCAGCCGGCCGUCUGGAGAUGGCCCAGGAGGAAGAGAGCGCAGGGUGCUGUUUCUUCAGGAUGCCCAAAUUCAAGUUCUCCUUCAAGAAAAUAAUGAGAGGAGCUAAAGUUGGCCAUUACUCCAACGUUACCUCAUUUGAAGAGAUGAACAGUAAUGUGCCAGCCUGUGCACCAUCCUCCUGUGAGACUCAGCUGAGUGAGGAGCCGUCCGCUAAGUUGGCUGCUUCUGACGGUCUCACUAAGCACUCCAAGAUACAUGCAGAGACAGAGAAGCCAGUGAGGUCUAGUCCACCUGGUAAACUGGGUGUCAGGAAGCCUUUGUUGCCAGAGGCGUCCCAGGGACAACCCCGGAGCCAGGUGGCUCGAAGAGGGAAGAGUUUCCAGCAACAGCGGCACAGGAACUCCCUGGAAGGAUGGUUGGUGAAGAAGAGGCCCAACUUGUCCUCAGAGCCCCAGACCCAGUCUAGCGCCACAGAUCCCGAAGCCCAGGUGGACACUGACAUGAUGGGCCCAGAGAGUCCUGACGUGCCCCUCCUCCAGUCAACCACCCAUGAGGAGAGAGAGGAGUCCAACCAGACUCAGGCAAUCUCCCAGAACACCGGCGAGGCUGCUGUCAGAUCAGCCCAGCUGGAGGAGCUAGACCAGGCAGGGGUGGAUGCCAUGAUGGAGACCCAGAGCAGCACAGAGUCAGACAAGCCGGAGCUGAGCUCUGCUGGGCAGAAAGGCAGUCAUAAAUCAGGGCCCAAAAUCACAGACUACUUCUGCAAACCAUUAUCUGUGACCCCUUCUACUAGUGCUCAGUGCCUGCAGCGGAAUGUUCAGGGGGAUGGAGUCAGUGACAGUGGCAGCGAGGGACCCUCGGAGGAAGAUGAGGAUGGUGGUGAUGUUAGGGUCACUUGGCUGGGGACCCCCAUCUCUGAGUUGAGGAGGACCCCUGCCUGCAGCCCCCCACUACCUCCACUGAGGGCCUCCGACACGCACACGGUUGCCAUAAGGACAGAUCUCCUUAGGCUUGGUGAGGUGCCCGUGCCAUAUCCCACCAGGUUCAAAGAUGCCUGGGAUGACGUUAAUGUCAAGAUGCCAUGCUCAGAGAAGAACCUCUUUCCAGUUGAGGAUGGAGUUCAAAGCAGAUGGGCCCUGAUUGAGAAAACUCUCAGUCAGUCGUUCCGCAGCUCUCGUGAUGUGAAGGAUGCGAUACUGAAGUACAAUGCUGCUCAUGCCAAGAAAUGGGACUUCACUGCUCUCCACUCGUUUUUAGAUAGAGGUCUGGAGUCGGAGGAGGCUGAGCAGCUGCUGGGGCGUCUCCUGCCUGACAUUGCCCGCUUGGCACUGAAUGCAGAACAGCUCAUCACACAGCCAGUGCCCCUCCUGAAGGCCGGACAGAGCCACUCCAUCACGCUGUCUCAGGAGCAGGUGGCCUGUCUCCUGGCCAACGCCUUCUUCUGCACUUUCCCCCGACGCAACUCCAGGAAGUCCGAGUACUUCAACUACCCUGACAUCAACUUCUGCAGGUUGUUUGAAGGCUCCUCACCCAGAAAAGUGGAGAAGCUGAAAACUCUCCUCUGGUAUUUCAAACAAGUCACUGAAAACAUGCCCACUGGACUAGUAACGUUCACUAGGCAGUGCCUCAACAGAUUUCCAGAUUGGGAAAGCUCGCAGCAGAGACUUACCCGGCUUCACAUCACCUGUGAGGGCACCAUUGAAGACCAGGGUCACGGGAUGCUUCAGGUGGACUUUGCUAACAGGUUUGUGGGAGGUGGAGUGACGGCCGCUGGCCUGGUUCAGGAGGAGAUCCGCUUCCUGAUCAACCCCGAGCUCAUCGUCUCUCGACUCUUCACAGAGUCCCUGCAGUCCAACGAGUGCCUCAUCAUCACUGGUACCGAACAGUACAGUAGGUACAGAGGCUAUGCCGAGACCUACAAAUGGGAUGAAGGUUGUGAUGACCAGACACCCAGAGACCGAUGGCAGAGAAGAUGCACAGAGAUUGUCGCCAUAGAUGCUCUGAAGUUCCGCAGCUUCCUGGAACAAUUCCAUCCAGAGAGAAUGACCCGAGAACUCAAUAAGGCCUACUGUGGAUUUGCACGUCCUGGUAUGCCAAGACAGCACCUGUCAGCGGUUGCCACAGGAAACUGGGGGUGCGGAGUGUUUGGAGGAGACGCUCGUCUUAAAGCUCUGCUACAGAUGCUGGCUGCAGCGGAGGCGGGCAGAGAUGUGGUCUACUUCACCUUCGGAGACGCAGCCCUUAUGACGGACGUCCACCGCAUGCACACACUACUCACGGACACAAACGUCAGCGUGGGCACUGUGUACUCUCUCCUGGAGGAGUACUUCAUCUGUGAGUGUCGUGACUGCCCCAACCGCCGCCCCACCGUCGGCCUCUACGCCUUCAUCGCCGAGCGGGUCAUGAACGACCCCGACAGUGACCUUUCACCCACACACACCCAUGAUGACCUUUGACCUCCCUGUGCCAAAGCCAGUCUCUCGGCCUUCAGCCUUAAGCGUUGUCAGAGCCCGCGGGUCACGUCAGAGCAUGACACACACGCGAUAUACAGCUAAAAAUAUAAUCCAGUAUCACAAAGACUUCACCCAUGACAAAGCCUUUAAAAUCCUUGUUUAGAUUGAAAAAUAUGAUCCUAUAUCACAAAGACCUCACUCGUGAGGAAGUCAUUCUUUGUAAUGCCCUUGUUUAGAUUGAAGUGCAUUUUGUUGUAUGUUCUGGUUUGUGUGGGAUUAUGUUUCUUUUUUUUUCAGGCACUUAAGCUAAUUUAUUAGAGGGUCAUUCAAGCAGUACUAAGUGGAUGGCUCUCUAUGGUGUUGGAUGAUUCUAGUGUAUUUUUUUGUGUGAGGGGUGGGGGGGCUGCUCUCUAUCAUGGACUCCAUUAGUAUGCAUUAUAAUGACAAAGAUGUUUAGCACUGUCCAUUGUAAGUGCCAUAGCCACUUUUCUUGGCUGCCAUUGUUUUCUGUUUGACUUUGUCUUUCUCUCCUCUCUUAACUCUUCUCUUCUCUCUUUCUCAUUCUCUUUUUCUUUUCCCUCAUUCUGUGGCUUUUCCUCACGGUCUGUCUUUCCCUCCCUCCCUCCCUCUUUCCCUCCUUCUCUCCCUCUCUCUAGCUCUGUCUUUAAUUAUUUUACUCUGUCCCCCUAUAUAACCAACUCUCUCAUUCCUCUCCUCUCUCUCUCUUUCUCUCUCUUUCUCUCUCUCUCUCUCUCUCUUUCUCUCUCUCUCUCUCUCUCUCUCUCUCUCUCUCUCUCUCUCUCUGUCUUUUCUCUUCUGCGUAAUUGAAUUGGCUGCCUGAAGCCCAGUAAAAGGGACGUAAUGAAUAGCAGAGAUAUAAAAAAAAAACAUGGACGCCGUUAUAAAACCCCACAGACGUUUUGUUUGGCCAGCCCACAAGUCCUCACCCUCCUAUAAUAUAAUACAUUGUCCUGGCCCAUACCCCAUUUUGUACAUGCGUAUACGCUCAUAACGUCCAUUUGUUUUAGUUCGGGAUGAAUAGAUCCUCAGGUACCUUUAGAAGGCUGGUGUUAAUGAUUGGAAUGAUUCAACGGUUAGAAGUGUUUAGGGUAGUUGUGUGAAGAAAUAUCUUUCCUCUGGUCGAUGUGUCCUAAAAGAGAUUUUGUUCAACUCGGAGGCUGAAAGAUCUUUUUUGUCUUUUUGUUUAGUACUUAGACGCACACCAUUGAAGUGCUUUGGGUAUUUCUUUUCGAUUUCUUGUUUUAUUUCCUUUUUUGAAAAUAAAGAAUAAAAGGUAAUCUAUUUUUUAUGAUUGUAAUUAGGCAUUUUUGGGAGUGGUAGUUGUGGUUGUAAUUGCUCUCUGCUUUUUUAAAAGAAAUGAAGCUGAAGUGUUUGUUACUGUGAUUGUGAUUUUAAUAAUAAAAAUUAACUUAACAUA